AUGCGUCGGCUCGUUGGUCCUAUUAAUGGUAGAAUUGUAAAGUUGCUCUUCAGUGCGGACUACCAGCGUAAACACGGCGUCGGGCGGUCCCUCGCAGAAGUUGAGGAAAUCGGCAAACCGAAGUUGGGAGGUCCAUGGACCCUCGUAGACUGUCGAAAUGGUAAACCGGUGGCAUCGGAGCAGUUGAGGGGGAAAUAUUAUCUCAUUUAUUUUGGCUUUACUUUUUGUCCGGACAUAUGCCCUCAAGAACUCGAGAAAGCCGGCAAGGCGGUGGACAUCAUAGAAAAGGAAUUUGGAGCUGGUACCAUAGUGCCGAUCUUCGUGACCGUUGACCCUAGUAGAGACACAUGUGCACAGACCUCUCUUUAUCUAAGCGAGUUUGAUCCGCGAACGAUCGGUCUCACGGGCACUCACGAACAAAUAAAAGACAUCACCAGGAAGUUCCGCGUGUAG